UCCGUUCUGGUAAUGCUGCAGGUGGCUCUUGGAAUUUAAACCUGAGGUGACCUGAUCACAAUGGCACGAAUCACUGUCCUGGCAGGGUUGGGUGUUCUUCUAUCACUCCAGAUAGUGGCUUCCACCAAACUGGUAUGCUAUUUUUCCAACUGGUCCCAGUACAGACCUGGACUUGGACGAUUUACACCUGAUAAUGUGGACCCCCACCUCUGCACCCAUGUGAUCUAUGCCUUAGCCACCAUCAAAGACAACCAGCUGGCAACCAUUGAGUGGAACGAUGAGAGUCUGUACCAGUCCCUGAAUAGCCUCAAGAGCAUCAAUUCUGAGAUGAAGACUCUGCUGUCAGUUGGUGGUUGGGUCAAUGGGAUAAGCCCGUUCAUAGGGAUGGUUUCCACACCUGAAAACCGCCGGACCUUCGUUCAGUCAUCUGUCCACUUCCUGCGCUUGCAUGGCUUUGAUGGCUUGGACCUGGACUGGGAAUUCCCAGGACAAAAUGGAAGCCCUCCUCAGGACAAGCAGAGAUUCACAGCUCUGGUUGCGGAGCUCAAAAAAGCCUUUGAGGAUGAAUCCACAAAUACUGGUCGGAACAGACUCUUACUCUCUGCAAAAGUGGCAGCCAUAAGAUCUACAAUUGAUUUCGGCUAUGAGAUCCCACAGGUGUCAAGGGAGCUGGACUUCAUUAGUGUCAUGACCUAUGACUUCCAUGGACACUGGGAGAGAUCCACAGGACACAACAGCCCCCUCUACCGAAGCUCCUUUGAUCAAGGAACUCACAUUCACCACAACAUUGACUCCGCUCUGGUGUACUGGAUGGAUAAUGGAGCCCCUGCUGAGAAGCUGCUGAUGGGGUUCCCCACAUAUGGCCGCACGUUCCGCCUCUCCUCCUCCAUGACCAGUCUUGGAGCCCCUGCCAACGGGCCAGCUGCUGCUGGACCCUACACCAGGGAUGCUGGCUACUGGUCUUACUAUGAGAUUUGCUCUUUCAUCCUAAACCGCACAGUCAGCUGGAUUGAUGAUCAGAAGGUUCCCUAUGCUACCCAUGGUGACGCAUGGGUGGGCUACGACAACAUGGAAAGCUAUACAAUCAAGGUCCAAUGGCUACGGGACAACAACUUAGGAGGUGCUUCUGUCUGGACACUGGACCUGGAUGACUUUGGGGGAACGUUCUGUUUAGAUGGAGCAUACCCGCUUGUUAGCCACCUCCGCAACUCACUUGGAUUUCCUCCCAAACCCACGACACCGCCUCGUCCCACCACCACCGCUGAUCCCAAUGCAUCCUUCUGUGCCGGCCGUCCCGAUGGCCUUUACCCCAACCCUGCUGACCAAACCACCUUCUUCCAGUGUUCCCAUGGGAACACCUAUCUGCACACCUGCCAGCCAGGCCUAAUUUUCAUUGAUGCCUGCAAGUGCUGCAAUUACCCCUGAGGAAAAAAUGAGAUCCUAGCGUGGCCUAUUGGCUGC